GUAUAUAUAUAGCACGCGCAUCGUGUACACGCUAUGGAUAUACGUGUCUAUGGUUUUGUUUUAGAUGCACUUGUCGUCUAGCCGUCUGACUGGACUGGAAGAUAAGCUAGCUAGCACACGCUUCCACAUGUAGACAGCAUACAGAGUGCAUUCGGUUUGUGUUUCUCACCCAGACAGGCAGUUUUAGUGGCGCAUCGAUUGGGAUGAAACCGUCACUGACCUGGUGGUACACGUUCGCACGUGCAUGAUAUAGUAUAAAAACGUGUGUUCGAUUUUUUUUUCUGUUUCGUUUGUCUGUACCAUGACUCUAGCGGUGUUUUUUUUUAUACGUAGGAUCUUUGGUGGGAAAUAUAAUUUCUUGAGUUAUUAGUACUGUUACGUGUGCGUCUAGUAGGGCAAAUCUAAUUUCAUUAUAUUUAUUUGUAUGCUAAAAUGAACGUACUACAGUCUUAAAUGUUUAUUAUUUACAUUGUAUUUCCCAACUCAAUACAAUACUUUUUCAAAUUUCUUUACCUAUCAGUACUUGUGUAAUACAAAAAAAAAAACUAUCUGCGUCGGUUUUCACGUGUUAUUUAAAGCAUGGAAGGAAUAGUUACGAAGAAAGAGCGUCUUAAGUUAUCUGUUACAGAGCUCUUAUAUGGGUCGUCAAGUAGCGGUUGUUCGACUCCCAGCUGGCUCCAAUCCCCAUUACCAGGUGGGCUGAUCAGCCCUUCACCACUGACCAAUGGCACAGGGUCAUCAACAAAUCCAGCAGUGACCACAGCAGGAAUGAAUUCUGGUGUUACAAGCAGCCUAUCACAGCAAAGCUUUCCUGGAAUUCUUGCCAGUAAUUUUGUUUCUCAAACAGUUUCUCAGCAGCAGCAUAACAGUUAUCCACCAAACCAUCCUCUUAGUGGGUCCAAGCAUCUUUGCUCCAUCUGUGGAGACAGAGCAUCAGGAAAGCAUUAUGGAGUUUACAGCUGUGAAGGCUGCAAGGGCUUUUUUAAGCGAACAGUUCGUAAGGACUUAACGUAUGCCUGUCGAGAAGAAAGAAAUUGUAUUAUCGACAAACGUCAGAGAAAUCGUUGUCAAUACUGUCGUUAUCAGAAAUGUUUAAUGAUGGGCAUGAAAAGAGAAGCUGUCCAAGAGGAACGACAUAGGACGAAAGAAAAAAAUGAAAAUGAAGUGGAAAGUACUUGUAACUCUCCACAUGACAUGCCCAUAGAACAUAUCUUGGAGGCAGAAAUUUGUGUAGAACCUAAAAAUGAAGAAAUAGAUAUAAAUAAGGAGCCUAUAGCCAACAUCUGUAAAGCAGCAGAUCGUCAGUUACAUCAGCUGGUAGAGUGGGCAAAGCAUAUCCCUCAUUUUACUGAAUUACCUAUAGAAGAUCAAAUGGUCUUGCUUAAGGCAGGUUGGAAUGAACUACUGAUUGCAGCAUUCUCCCAUCGAUCUAUUUCUGUAAAGGAUGGGAUUGUCUUGGCAACAGGGCUUGUAGUACAAAGAAAUAGUGCUCAUAGUGCAGGAAUGGGAGCGAUCUUUGACAGAGUACUUACUGAAUUGGUAGCCAAGAUGCGAGAGAUGAAAAUGGACAAGACCGAGUUAGGUUGCUUACGAGCAAUUGUUUUGUUUAAUCCAGAGGCCAAAAAGUUGAAAUCAGUACAGCAAGUAGAGUCUCUGAGAGAAAAAGUGUAUGCAGCACUUGAGGAAUACUGUAAGCAAACAUACCCUGAUCAGCAGGGUCGCUUUGCAAAGCUACUGCUUCGACUCCCAGCACUUAGAAGCAUUGGUCUUACCUGCCUAGAACACUUGUUUUUCUUCAGGCUAAUUAAUGAUACACCCAUUGACAACUUUCUCUUGUCAAUGCUGGAGGCUCCAAGGGAUACCUGACCCACUACCUGCCUCUUAAAAGUUGCAGCUCUCGGUGAGGCUUGUUUCAUACUCCUUGUCUUCACCUGCCAUUUGUUUUUCAUCUUCAUUUUUCUCAGACCCAUUUGCCCCAGCUGUGAUUAUACUGACAGUGUUCUUGUUGUUUGCAGCAAUAUUGCUCACUUCUUUCAGCAUUUACCGUUAAAUAUGGUUUGUUAAAUAUUUAUGACGCAUAUAUUGGUUACGUUUUUGAUACCUUAUAAAAUGUCUAAAUGUAUGGCUGUACAGAUAAAGUAGCAUUUGUUGUAUAGUAAAGGACUCCUGAUAGUGUUUGUUAAGCACAUUGGUGGAGGCCUCAUAAUGUAAAGAAAUAAAGAACGAUAUUUUGAUAGUGUUUUAAAGUAUUUUAUUGGAUAAACUUUAAUGCUAGUUGGGAUAUAAUGUUAAGAUUACUUCCAAGUCUUGUGUGUUUAAUAAUGCUGUUUCAUGAGAAGGGUAUCUCUGUGAACAGAUGAAAUGAGAGCUUUGUGAAAAUAUAACAUUUUAUUUUUUCUCUCUCUCUCUCUUCUUUUUUUUUUUACAAAACUUUUACCUACUUAUAAUGUUACCUUUAAUAAAUUUUAAUUUGGUUACUUAACAAGCGUUAUGGACUAAGCAAGUUCUAAAAUAAGAGAAAUUAUUUAUGAUCUUUUGGACUGGUUAAUGUUAACCUAGUUGUAACUUCAAGAACUAUUUUAAAGUUUAAAGAAACACAGGAAAAGAAUGUGUGAGCAUUUUCAAAGUUUUAUUUGGGGGGGGGGGAUCUUGAUUUUAAAAAUCAUUCAAAAUGCAAGUUCUUACAUGAACAUGAAAAAUCAUUCCAAUUAACCCUUUAAAAGCUCGUGGAAUUUUUGCGAGCCAUACACUGUAUACAGCACACUUGCAUUCAAUUGCUGGUAGCAAACCGUACCCUAUACGGCAAACCAGCAGUCAAUGGGUUACUGAAGUCUCCCGGUGAGUCAGUGGUAAGUUUACAGACUUACAGUGCUAAAACCUGUGGUUUGAUUCCCCAUUGUGAACAAAGCGCAGAUAGCCUAUUGUAUAGAUUUAUGUGAAAAGAAAGUAGUAAUGAUAACAAAUAACCAAUUUAUAAAACCAGGUAUUUAAACGUCAGGUAAUCUUCAAAAAAUAAUUCAAGUAAAAAUGUUUUUGAUGCCUUCAAUAAAAUUUUGUAAAUUUUUAGCUCCUGAUUGAAAAUUUAAAACAAAUACUCACACAUACACAAAUUGUGACAUUUUUAGGAUUACUUUACAGUAUAUCUUAAGUAAAUUUAGCAUUGAACCUAGCAGUCAAGCCAUUUUUUUUUCAAAAUAGUUUCAAAGCAGCCAUACAAGCAAUAUAUUUUUCAUCACUUUCAGAAGGAUAAUAUAUGAAGGAAAGUAUAUUUUCCUAUUAUGAAUAACGUUGUUAUUAACACAUAUAAUUGAGUUUUGGGAUAAAGAAAAAGAGGAGCAUAGAAGUUCAGAAUUUGAUACUUUUGCCUGGUGUAUUCAUACAUAACCUUUGUUGUCUAAGAUGAAAACAUUGAACAGCUUAGACAAUAUGAAGUUACAUGUUAUUCACUUUUAUGUUCUUACGCAAGAUCUCAAUUGUUGCGAGUUUUGUUUGGUAAAGAGUUUUAAUAUUGGGUACAAUGUUACCAGAUGUUGUUAAAGGCCUAACUUUGACUUUUGAUUAUUGUUAUAGUGUGAGAUGAGCUUAAAUAGGUUUCUAGGCUUUGUUGUAAAUAUGUUAACUAAAUUUAAGAAAGAUAUACACUGUUUUGGUCUUAUAACAAAUAAUGUUCAUUAGACCCAAUUGUGCUUGUGAUAUAAAGAUUUUCUUGAAAUUAAAAGCAUUAAAAUCCAACAAUUUUUAACAAUAGUAGCGGAAUCAACUUCAUCUUAAUCCAUUUGCUUUUUAAACCUAAAAGAAAAAAAAAAGAGUAUUAAAGAAUGGCUUUUAAUUUUCCAUUAGAACUAAUCUAAACAACUAGUUUCAAAGUUAAUAAUUUUCUAAAAUUUAUUCCCAGAAAUAUAUGACAAACUCAAAAAAAAAAUUACAUUUACUUAGGUCUGUCCAAGAUAUUUAUCUGGUUUGCUUUUAAGCAUAUAGAGAAUAUAAAAGUUCUAGUUUCUUAAUAGUCCUUUUGGUGAAAUAAACAGAUAACAUGCAAUAAACAAGAACAUUUCAUGGCAAGAUCAGAUGUUUAUGUACCUUUUACAAACAAAAUAUUUCCCAAUAUUUCCAUGCUUGUAUUGUGGUACUCUCUCGUUUAGUAACCUCUAGUAAUGUUAUGUGAUAUUUCUAAAUUUUAAUCCUCUUAGAUUCACAUUACAACGUUAAUAUUUCUCGUCAUCUGUAGACUUGCAUCUUGUUAGUCUCUCACACUAUAACCUAAGUAAUUUCUUAAUCUUUAAAGACUUUAUUUAUGCAACUUUCUUUUCCUGUAUUUUACCUGUGAACAUGAUAUUUUCAGUUUGCAUCUAUUUAACAUCUUAUACUGUAACAAGUGUUUUUGUGUCAGUUUUAGACUUGCACGUUAUCAUAUUUUUAAUCUCUUUUUUUUCUGUAACUUGAAUGACUCUUCUAGUGUUGCAUCUUGGCUUGAAAAGUAAACAAAACUGUUUUGAAAAAUUAAUAGACAACACAUAUACAUUAUACCAACAUUGUUUAACUAUGAACUUUUUUAAACCAUAAGCACACCACAAAAAACUUCUCUUGAAACUUCACGAUCUUGAGAGAGAUUUAUUUCUUCUUUGCUAAGAUUUCAGUAAAACAAUUAAAAGUUGUGUGGUUAUUAUCCAGUAAAAUAUGCCAAAAGUUAUAAACUGAUUAAACAGGGAAUUGUUUUACAGUAAAUACAAUCCUCUCCUUUGCAAUAUUCCCUUCUUUGGAAAGUGAAACCACAUUGCUAGUUAAUUAAUAAAAUAUUUGAAUACUCUCAAUUGACAGCAGGUUAAAAGCAAUACAUACUAUAGUGUUAGCAAGAACUUUUAAUUUUCUGAAUGUUGUGUAGUUUGAAACUAUUCAUUAGUAAUUUUCAGAGGUUACUUUCUGUACAAAAACUAACAUUGGCAUCGUAUUUAACUGUACUUACUGUAGUGGCUAUUCCCUUGAUAGGUCCUAGUGUAGUAAGGGUUUAUUUUCAGUUUAAAGUUCAAAAUAUUGUUGAGUUUCACUAAUCUUAUCUAUUAAUAUUUACCAUUUCUGCUGCUAGUACAAAAAUUUUGAGAUCAGAUCAAGAAGUAUUAUCAUACUUAACAAGUAUAGGGUUAUUUCAAUAAACAAGAAGUCAAAAUAUUUCUUUUUCUAUCAGAAAGGGAAAUUUUAAAAAGGCAAAUAAGCUGAAUGAAUGCACUUUUGGAAUUUUCAAUAAAUUCUCUCUUGGGAAAAAAUAAUAAUUAAAUAUUAUAUUUAAAAAAAAAAUCAAACUAUAUAAAAUAUUCACCAAGUUUAAUCUGAAGUUUGUUUUGAAGAAUGGUAAAAUUUCUUUUAAUUAAAAAAAUUGAUAAAAACCUAAAGGAAAUGACAAGGAAAACUGAAAGAUGUUAAAUAUUUUGUGUGUGACAGUUGAUAAUUCUAAAACAGGGAAGUUUUUGAUUGUAUUAACUUUUCUUUAAAGUUUAUACAGUGUUUAAGUAUAAUGUAAAUUGACUAAUUAGAUAGGACAUACAUUAUUAUUUUUUUCACCUAAGGUAGAGUAACUAAAAUCUUGUUUCCAAUAAGUAUCAUGAACCAAGCUGGACAAUAAUGACCAUCAUUAUACUGCCAAGUUUUAAUCUUCAUUUACUAUUUUGAAUUUGUCUUUUAAUUGUAUAUGGACAUGAGUAGUAGAUCAAUUUGUUAAAAUUCAUAUUAUUCUCUUCAUUUUUUUAUGAUGUGCAUUUAUCAAAUACAUCUGCAUCAUGUGGUUUCAACAUUUAAUGGUACAGUGGUAUUGUUGGAAUUAUAAUGCUGGUGCCAUUGGAAAAUGGUACAAAAGGCUAAAAUAUUUGUGUAUUUUAUCUCUCCUUAAAAAAAAAGGUUACUGUUUAUUUUAACAGUCAGAGAAAGGAAUAUACAGGUUUAAAACUUGCAACACAUGAAACUUGUACUAUUCUAUAAGUGAUAUUAAUGUGUAAAGUUCUUUUAUGAACUGGGCAUUUACUUGAUCUAUUUAGGAACUAGGAAACAUUAUCAUUCACAGGUUGACAAUCUGAUAAUUAAAACAUUUGUUGUGUGGUAGGGAAGAUUUUGAAUAAAUAUGAUCAUUAUUUGAACUUUAGUUGAUAUGAAACUUGAAUUUUGGGUAUUUCUUGAAUUCACACAAACCUUUUAGUGUCAGUGUAGCACAGUGUUUGGUUGGGUUAAGUAAUCAACCAGGCAUGAAGGGAAUUUGUAUUUUGUAUGUGUGUGUAUAAGUUUUUUAAUGAGCUGUUUUAAUAUGUUGGAAAAGCAUCUCAAAUAGUUAGUUAGAAUGCCUUGUAUAUUUGCUUAAAACUAAAUUCACUUUUAGAUCAUUAAAAAAAAGUUUUAUGCAGUAUAAUCAACCAAGUGUUGUAUGAUUAUACUUUACAGGCUAAAUAAUUUAUUUCUCAAAGCCAUUAUUUCAGCUUCUUUGAAAUCAAUAACUGAUAAUUGGAUAGACCAUCAGAAUAUAAAAAUUAUGUUGUUAUAUUUAUCACCAGUUUCUUUGUUGAACCAAAACUAUAAUACUCAUGAUUUUAACAAGUAAUUGUUGAUUACCGAACAUAUAUGUACAACGUAAUUUUCUGUAUAAUAGUUUCAAGGAAAUUACUACCUUGUUUAGAUAAGAAUAAUAAUGAAAAAAAAAAUUUUAGUGCCUUUACGUUUUGAGUCAGAAUGUGCAGUUUAUUGAGUGUGUAUUCUGAAUAAUAUUUGGAAACAUUUAUAUACAAAUUAAUUUAAAAACAUUUUAAACACACAAGUUUAUAAAGAUUAAACCUUGUAGCUUUUUUCCCUCAUAGAAUCCUUUGUUUCAUUUUGAUGCAACAGUAAAGAUGAUUAAUGUAAUAAUUAAAAAGUAGCAUUUCAAUGAGAAUUAGUUGUAAAAAUCUGGUGAAUAACAGUUGCCACAUCUGUUGAGCAUUUUUAAAAUGUAUUAUGAAGCCUACUGUUUUUAUAACCUUAUAACAAAAAAAGUAACAUUUUAUGGAUUGCCUCUUUCUCUUAGAAUGUUACUAGCAAAUUUAAAUUUGUGUAGUUCAGAAGUUUUCACAAGAAAAUUUAAUAUGCCAAAAGAAGCUGAUGUAUAUAAUUUCUGUGACUAAAGCUUCCACUCUGUUCUAAGUAUUGGCUGCAACAUCCAAAUACUGUUUGCAUUCCUAUGUGUACCUGGUUAUUAUAUAAAGAUACAAGUGUUCUGUAAGAAUAUGUACCUGUGAAUUUUUUUCUUUUAACAGUAUAAUGUGUAUAUUUACAAUCAAAAAAUUAUGUAACCUUCAAUUGCUGGUAGUUAAUUCAGCUAGUAAUUAAAAUUUGGGUUAAAACAUCUGUUUUUUUACUUCA